AUGACUUCCUCAGCAGAAGGUCCCAUGCAGUCCCCUCCGCUACCUGGUGAUGCGGAUGCCCCGCCAACCUUUCAAGAAUGGUACUCCUUCGAUGCACUCGCCAACUGUUGGAGCUUACUUCCGUCCUCUACCCCAGUGACAUGCGAUGAGAGCACAAUGCCAGCCUCGGACAAAGCGAAACUGAAGAAUCCUGCACUUAAUCUUGUAACUUGGAAUGUAGAUGCCUUCGCCAAGUUUCCCGAUGAUCGUAUGGCCGGCAUCAUUUCCACCAUACGCAGUCAAACUCCCCCACCUAACAUACUCUUCUUCCAAGAAAUUCCUAAGGCAGCACUGUUCUACCUCCUCAAUGAUCCCUGGAUUCGUGAGAAUUGGUACUCUAACGAGGGAAACCUCAGCAACUAUGGAGGUCACGUAUUCAUGACCGUGAUACUCUUAUCCAAACUCAGUUUCGGUAGAGACAGUCAGGAACCAGACAAAGCAUGUAUCGGACCAGUCUGGCGAGUUAAAUAUCCAAGUAAGUUUGAGCGAGACGCUCUCUGCUGCGAUGUCUUCAUGCCACCGUUUGCUACCCGUGUCCGUUUGGUCAACGUGCAUCUGGACUCUCUUGCUCUUCAGCCAAGUCGUCGUCCGCGGCAGCUCGCCAUCGUUGCGAAUAGUCUCCGUUGUGCUGGGCAUGGCUUCGUUGCAGGAGACUUCAACCCUGUCCUCCCGGAGGAUGACAGUCUCGUGGCCGCGAACGGUCUGGUAGAUGUGUGGAACGAGCUGCACCCCGACGAACCGGGCUUCACCUGGGGUCUUGAUGGCCGGGAGCCUUUCCCUCCAGGUCGGUUGGACAAAGUGGCCGUUCUUGGCCUGAAGGGGCAAGAGAUGGACAUUCUUCGACCCGGUGCGCUCGAAAGCGCGGGACAAGGUCUACUGCGACGACAACUGGAUACCCCAGUGCCAUGGAGUGACCAUUCAGGUUUAAAGUGCUGCUUACGUCUUGCUGAAGAGCCCUUGCUCCCAGCGCACCCACUGGUCGAACGCGUCCGUCUACAAUUGGAUGCGUAUGAUAAGGCAAGAAAUGGUCGUCUCCAAUAUCCCCAAUACAUACUAUCCAUCAAUGCGUCCAAUAAGCACCCCCCACAAUUGCUACAUACACCACCAGCGUCAGACGUGCAUGACGCACACGUCUAUGUUAUCCGUCUCUUUGUGAGAACUACGUGGCUUAUCGUGGUUUCCUACUGUAGAGAGCACGAGAGGGAGUCCGAUUUGACAGAGCAGUCUUUGCCUAAAAUGGUAGUAGUUACUCCAGUUCCUCCGUAUGGGUUAUGGAAAUGCCUAUAG